AGUGGGUAACAAUUCGGUGUUUAGACCACAUGCUACUCUCAAAAGAGAAUCGGCGAAACCGAUUGUAGAGCAAGAUGCUUCCGUACCUGGGACUGGGGGAUAUCCCUGCACUGGCGAGGUAGAUCCAGACUCGCUUUCCCCUUCACCGCGACGAAUCCAGACUCGCUUGAGCCAUUAGCUUGAAUCCUUCGAGAAUUCGCGCAUCCCAUUGCAAGCAUCGCGGCCACGCCGACCUGAACAAUAUGCUUCCUUUCCGACUUGAGUGGAGACGCCGCGACGUUAUCGCGUAUUACAUCUACAAUGGGGCUGGUUUGUAUACGCUGUCGAGAUGGCGAUCUCAAAAGACAGCGAUGGGCUUCGCACUAUAAAUGCUUCUCCACUGCUCACAGAUUGCUCGUUCGUGGGCGCCAUCUACGUUUCUUUCAAUAUGCAUCUCUCUUUUGCUCUCCUCACAGCCCUCCCCCUUGGCGCCCUUGCCCAUGGCGGCGCAGUACUUCGUUCAGUGCCCCAGCACCAACCAGAAGUCCCUGCUUGGGCCAAAGAAUGUAAUGGCAAAUGUACUUUCACGAAGACCUCUACCCGCACCGUCUGGACCACAAAGAAAAUUACCUCGCAACACAGGCCAGCGACCACAACCAAGGUCAUCCUGCAGACCAGCACCUCUACCAGCACUCUUGCCCAGGAUACUUCGGUUUUCAGCACUACCGAGGCUCCUGCAACCUCCACUAUACCUGCCCCCGCCGGCUUCACACCCGUCAAAUCCGUCUUCCCUGGUGGCAGCACGCCCAAGCGAAGCCUCGAACAGCGCAAGCAGAGUGAUAACCGCAAGCCCAAUGUUCAGGCCAACUGGCGUGAAAUCAAGAAGUGCACCGCAACCAAGUACCGCACCGUUUACGAGACGAAAAGAAAGACUCGUACCUCCACCGUAUGGCGCCCAGUCUCUACUGUCGUCCGUAAAAGCACCUCCACCGUUACUACCGUAACAAGUGUUCUCCCCACGCCAGCGAGCUCCACCAUCACCAUCCUCACAACUAGCACCAUUCCUUCUACCUCCACCUCCGCGACCACUACGACCGUCACCUCCACCUCGACUACCACCGAGCUCUCCGGCCCCACACCGACCUUCUACGCCGCCUGCGCCGACGACAACAUCCUGUCCAACGUGAAUGGACAGUACGUUGAUACGCUGUACUAUGGACCUCCGGGAGGUAGCGCCAUGCUCGGACAGUUCAGAACCGCAUAUGAAUGUUGCGUUGCGUGCUUGAACACCCCCAAUUGCAGGGGUGCGGGAUGGAUUUCGAGCUCGGUGUGCAUCGGGUCGACGUCAGGGACAGGUGCUGCCACUUGUGAUGGGAGCGUGAUAGGGGCGUCGUUUGGGGCGACGAGUACAAACAAUGUCGGGUGGACGGUUAGCAACAGCGGCUGCGGGCAGUGGGGGAGAAGGUAGGAUAUAUAAAGAUGGCAGAGGGGGAGUAGCGGGUAGUCCUUCAAGACUUUCUUAGAGGCGUUUGCGCUUUUUUGGCUGUGUACACGGGGGUAAUAGAUAAUCUUUAGUGAGGCCAUCUAGCCUCUAGCCAAAAGCAUGGAUACACUGUGUUACCUCAGAGUAAGCAGAUGAUGUUUCCUUUUUCCAAGUUCGCCCAGAUAUAGCUGAAUUGCACGAACAGUCAGCACGUGAGCAUAUUCAAUUGGAUCGAUAGCCUAUCUCAGUCCUUUGCCUGGAGUGACUAUCUUGGAGAAGAUUUGCUUGUAGAGGCCAUGGUAACGUGCUCCGCGGCAG